AGGAACACAGUGAGAAGCAGAAAGGGAUGGGUAAUAACAUGGCAACCUACACCAAGUAUAAAAGUUUCUUUCUCUUUAUCAGAAAGUACAAGGUGACCGAGCUGGUUCCACCUAUGGACCUCAAGGAGGUGUUUUCCAAGUUCACCGGAGGAGGGUCCCACAUGUCAACGGAGCAGCUCCACCGGUUCCUGGUGGAGCACCAAGGCGAGGUGGACUGCACCUUAUCGGAUUCAGAGAAAAUUGUUGAGAAAGUUUUGCAAAUGAGAAGGCCGCCACAGGAAAUUGUUAAUGUUGGUCAAAGUAGAGAACAUGAAAUCACCCUUGAUGAUAUCUUCCGUUUUUUGCUUCUCGAUGAUUUCAAUGGUCCCUUGAAAGCUGAGGUACAUCAUGAUAUGAGUGCUCCAUUGUCACAUUAUUUCAUAUAUACUGGGCAUAACUCCUAUCUGACUGGGAAUCAACUGAGCAGUGAUUGCAGCGAAGAACCAAUCAUAAAGGCUUUGCAACGAGGCGUGCGUGUUAUUGAACUUGAUUUAUGGCCAACUUCUAAUAAAGAUGAUAUUAAAGUAGAUCAUGGAUGGACUCUCACCCAGCCUGUCUCACCUAUCAAAUGUCUUGAGUCUAUAAAGAAAUAUGGUUUUGGUGCAUCUCAGUAUCCAGUGAUCAUAACUAUAGAAGAUCAUCUUACAAGAGAUCUUCGAGCUAAAUUUGCAGAAAUGGCUACUAAAAUAUUUGGAGAUAUGCUUUAUUAUCCUCAAUCAGAUUGUUUAACAGAAUUCCCUUCACCUGAAUCAUUGAAAUAUCGGGUUGUUAUAUCAACCAAACCCCCAAAAGAAUGUUUUGAGUCCAAUGGUAUCAAGGAUAACUCCGUUUGUCCUAUGCGGAAUGGAAGUGAAUCAUCUGAAGAAGAAUCAUGGGAAAAGGAAUCGCCAGACCCCAGGACUGAAGUGGAGACUGCGGGCAAGGUGAGACAGAGAUAUAACGGAAGCGAUAGUGACGAGGGAGACAUAACUUCAUGUGACUGUGAUCACAAAUCAUAUCAGGAACGUUCACCUGAAUACAAACACAUAAUUACAAUCCAUAAUAAGAAAUUCAAGGGUAGCCUGAAGGAUAAAUUGAAAACUGAAGGUGAACUUAGACGCCUAAGUUGGAGUGAGAAGACCCUUGAAAGGGCUUCAGAAUCUCAUGGAACAGACAUUGUUAGGUUCACACAGAAAAAUAUCCUUAGGGUAUACCCAAGGGCAAUGCGUGUCAAAUCCACAAAUUUCAAGCCACAUAUUGGAUGGAUGUACGGGGCUCAGAUGGUUGCAUUCAAUAUGCAGGGGCAUGGGAAACCUCUCUGGUUGAUGCAGGGGAUGUUCAGGGCAAAUGGAGGAUGUGGUUAUGUUAAAAAGCCUCAAACUCUAAUGCAAAAACAGCAAUGCGACAAUGAGUUUGAUCCUACAAGGAUACUACCAGAGAAGAAAAUAUUAAAGGUAAAAGUAUACAUGGGGCAUGGCUGGAACUUAGACUUCAGUCCUACACACUUCGAUAUGUGCUCUCCGCCAGACUUUUACACAAAGGUCUGUAUUGUUGGAAUGCCUGCUGAUUGUGCAAAGAAGAAAACAAAGGUGAUCAUGGACAACUGGUUUCCUGUUUGGGAUGAAGAGUUUGAAUUCCCUUUGACUGUUCCAGAGCUUGCUUUGCUUCGGAUACAAGUAAAGGACAAAGAUCAGGGAAAGGAUGACUUUGCUGGGCAAACGUGUUUGCCAGUGUCAGAGCUUAAACUUGGAUUUCGUUCAGUCCCUUUGUAUAACGAAAAAGGAGAGAAAUUUAAAUCUGUAAAGCUUUUAAUGCGGUUUCGGUUUGAAUGAAUUGUAGAGAUAAUUCAUCUAGGAUAUACGUCCCUCGUGUUUAUAAUGAUAAAUUUUAGUAGUAGUUUAGGGCUAAUAGGACUUUGAAACACUAAUAGGACUUUGCAGCCUUACAUGAUAUCUUCAACUCUAAACAUC